UUUCUAAAGAAUUGCCCAGCCUUGGAUGACUGAGUCGGAGGAAGUGUUUGAGGAAAUUUAUAUAUGACAAACUUAAACAUGUAAAUUAAUUCUCUGAAACAAUCUGAGAGACCAAAAUGGGAGAGGAAAAUAAGGUCACUCUACAUGGAAUGUGGAUUAGCCCCUAUGUGAACAGAGUACAACUGGCUCUCAAAGUCAAAGGCAUACCUUUUGAGUAUGUAGAAGAAGAUUUGAGCAACAAAAGUACAUUGCUCCUCAAAUACAAUCCCAUUCAUAAGAAAGUACCAAUACUUGUCCAUAAUGGUAAGCCAGUAUCGGAGUCCUUUGUCAUUCUUGAAUACAUUGAUGAGACAUGGAAGAACAAAUCUCGACUCUUUCCAGAAGAUCCUUAUGAAAGAUCCAGAGUCCGAUUCUGGGCUUCUUACAUCCAACAGGUAACAGAGUGCAUGCUCAAGGUCUUGAAAGGGGAAGGACAAGACGAGGCAUUAGAGGAAUUUCUAGAGAAACUGAACGUGUUAGAAGAUGGAAUCAAGAAUUCCUCCCUGGGUAUCGACACUAAUAUACUAGGAAGGAAUAUGGGGUUGCUAGAUAUCAUGAUUGUUGUUACACUAGGGGGAUACAAAGUGCAAGAGCAAAUGUUUGGUGUGAAGAUACUGGAUCCAGACAAGACACCUUUGUUAUGCUCAUGGGUGACUAGUCUAAUUGAGCUGCCUAUAGUUAAAGAAUAUGCACCACCUCAUGACAAGGUGGUUUCAUUUCUUCAUUUUCUCAAAGAUGUGGGCUUCAAAACGCCAAGAAAUUGAUGUUUUUAAGUUUCUGUCUGCACCUACCGCUUUUGUGCUGAAUUCUGUUUUGUAAUAAGGCUUUUUUGGCCAUCUGAAUUCGAAAGGCUACUUAUGUUUUGGUGAAAAUCACUUUAUAUUGCUGCUAGCACUUAAAUGUAUCUGAUUUGUCCUUAAAUU